AUGUGGAAACCAGUGGACCUUCCCUUCCACACCUCCCAGCCUCUGCCUCCACUACCCACGACAGAUGAGAUCCGCGCCUGCACCCAUGUCCUCUGGGAGACUAUGGCCUCCAAGGUCGUGACAAUUAACGACAAUAUUGUCGUAAAGUAUGGAGGUUGUAUAAAUACCUGGGAAGGCCAGGCACUGAUUUAUCUUGAACGACAUGUCCCCGAAGUUCCAGCCCCUCGACUGUAUGCGAUGUACUAUGAGGGCAAACAACUUUUCCUAGUCAUGCAACGCAUCCCCGGUGUGCAACUGGAUAGUAUCUGGCCAACAUUAACAUCAUCCGAGAAGGAUGGUAUUAUAGCAAAACUCCAAUCAGUAUUCAACACCUUACGACACGUCGAGUGCCCAUGGCCCGACUUUUACGGCGGCUUGGACGGCGGCGGUGUACAUCACUACCUAUUCUAUAGCCAGCACGGCGAUCAGAAGUUUCUAGGACCUUUCACUGGCGAACCUGCCUUCGUGGCUGGUCUGGUGGGUAAUUAUAGGGCCCUAGUCGAGCGUAAUAAUCAUCCAGAUUACAAGGCUCGAUUUUACGAGAAAUACCUCGCUCGCGUUCUUCAAGGUCAUCGGCCUACAUUGACGCAUGGUGAUGUUCAGCAGAAGAAUAUCAUGGUUGUGGAGAAUAAAUGUUGCUCGAACGAGCAGGGUGAGCGUUCGUUUGACGUCGUACUGGUCGAUUGGGAGAAUGCUGGCUGGUUUCCUGAUUUCUGGGAGUUUUUUUACUGGUCAUGGCGAGUUCAGGACUUUGUGGAAGUGUGGCCCGCUGAGAUGGCUAUUAUGCAAUUGAUUGAUAAGGAGCUGAGCUGGUGAAGUACCUUUCUGGAGUUAUUUUUUAUUUAGAUAAGGAGAUAUGAAACCGAUGGCUAUAGGAUCUAUUGUGUCACAGCCAUUCCAUGAACUGUUCCUCGGCCCCGAACAAGAGGCUGGAAUUGAAGUGUG